GGAAAGAAGAAGCUUGAUGGAAAACAGCGGCGAGAAAAAACAAAGACGUCUGUGAGUUUCUCUGUGGUCUCAGGAUGACCGUCACAUAUUCCAGUAAAGUUGCGAACGCCACCUUCUUCAGUUUCCACCGGCUCCUGCUGCGUUGGAGGGGAAGCAUCUACAAGCUGCUGUACAGAGAGUUCAUCCUGUUCGCUCUGCUCUACACUGUGCUGAGCGUCAUAUACAGGCUCGUCCUCUCCAACCAUCAGAAGAGGCUGUUCGAGAAACUUUCCAUGUACUGCGAUAAAUACGCGGAGCAGAUUCCCGUCACCUUCGUUCUGGGUUUUUAUGUGACGCUGGUGGUGAAUCGAUGGUGGAACCAGUUUGUGAACCUGCCCUGGCCCGACCGACUGAUGUACCUGAUCUCCAGCUGUGUUCAGGGCAAAGAUGAAUAUGGCCGCCUGCUGCGCCGGACGCUGAUACGCUACGUUAACCUGACGUCGCUCCUCAUCUUCCGCUCCGUCAGCACCGCCGUCUGCAAGCGCUUCCCGACCAUGGACCACGUGGUGGAGGCAGGCUUCAUGACUCCUGAGGAGAGGAAGGUGUUUGACAACGUCUGUUCUCCUCAUCUGAAGUACUGGAUUCCCGUCGUCUGGUUCUCCAACCUGGUGUCUAAAGCUCGACAGGAAGGACGCAUCCAGGACAGCAUCGACAUGCAGAACAUCCUCAAUGAGAUGAACCUGUUCAGGACUUGGUGUGCGACUCUCUUCGGCUACGACUGGGUCGGCAUCCCUCUGGUUUACACACAGGUCGUCACUCUGGCUGUCUACACCUUCUUUUUCGCUUGUCUGAUUGGUCGUCAGUUCCUCGACCCCGCCCAGAAUUACCAAGGCCACGACCUUGACCUCUACGUCCCCGUCUUCACCCUGCUGCAGUUCUUCUUCUACUCCGGCUGGUUGAAGGUAGCGGAGCAGCUGAUCAACCCGUUUGGAGAGGACGACGAUGACUUUGAAGCUAACUGGAUCAUCGACAGGAACCUUCAGGUGUCUCUGCUGGCUGUAGAUGAGAUGCAUAUGAACCUGCCUCAUAUAACCAAAGACAUGUACUGGAACGACUCUGAGGCGCGGCCGCCCUACACGCUGGCUGCUGCCGACUCCUGCAUCCCGUCAUUCCUCGGCUCCACCACCGACAUGGGACUCUCUGAUAUCCUGCACUUUGAUGAAGCUGAGGUUAACGACAGUUCUCAUCGGCAACAUGAUCCUAUUCUGACUUCCCGCCAAGAGUCGGUUCUGGGUCGAGUCCGCCGGUUACUGAGCGUUCAGGAGCCUCCUGACCUCCGACCUCCUCGGCCCAUCUUCAAACGUCACAGCAGUGACGCAACGGGAAGCUUCUUUCCAGAUUUCAGGAUUCAUCCAGGUCCAGAGAACAGGGGUCCACCCUCCUCUUUGCCCAUGCCCCCCUCUACCUUGGACACCCUGUCCACCUUAAGGGAGGUCAGCAGCAACCCUCCAUCCCCAGAAAGCUCGCCCUCUGCUGUUUUCCCCCGGCUCGUCGUCAGCCCGCCAUUGACUGGCGAUGUCUGUCGCAACAUGGAUACUCCUGGCAAUGGUGAAGCAGCAAAACCUCCGAAUGGAUGGGAUCCCUCCCCCACUGAGGAGACACAGGGCUUGGACACCCUGAGGACUGGCUCAUCAGUCUGUUGUUCCCCCACCCAGUUGGGACCCAAAGCGUUCCGCUGGAUGACAGUAAACGCCCAGAAUCACCCACCGAUCCGGCCAUGGGGGCGCCAGUUCUCCCUCCAGUUCUCCAGGCAGUCGUCCAAAGGAUCAGUCCGCAGCUUGCCAAGCCCCAAGGCUCUGGGAAGGCGGAGACGAGGCCUGGCUCGAUUCCAAUCCCGACGAUCACCUGGUCCACCUCCCGACAGUCUGCAGCUCCCUAAUCCUGACGACUUCCAGGGAAUGGCAGGGGCUGAUGAUGGGGGGCAGGAAGGAACCAACAACAGCAAAGAGAUCAAAAACCCGAAUUCGCAAUCCCAGAGCUUGGAAAAAUAUGAGAAACAACCACAGUAAAAUAAUACUGCUCAAACAGAGCCAAUGUCCAAGCUGGAAACGGUGUUACCCAACAAGAGAAGUCACAGCUUCGUUUUCAGCUUUGUCUUUAGAGACAAACCGAAACGCUAAUCCCAAAAUGGUACAUCAAAGAACAUAAAAGAUACAAAAGAAUCUGCAACUUGGGCAAAGGUGGUGAAAGCAAGCAACAACCACCACAGCUGAGAGUGGCAGGCUGAAACUUCUGGAUGCCUUAAUAUCUUCUUAAUGGAAGAAGAACUUGAUGUACAUUAGAAGCGCCACCAAGAGCUGAACCUGUUGUGGAAAAGUUCACUUUGUAUUUCUUGAGAAAAGUUUCCCACCUGCAGCUGAACACACUUCGGCUUCGGCUCCAACACUCAACUGUGGUGAGCGCUGACUACAUAAAGUACUCAGGAUUAUGACUGAAUUUAAAGGUUUCUAGAAAAAACUCUUUUCUAGCACAACGUCUGUCUUCAUGUCAACUCAUGUCUAUUUGUAAAUGUAGCUGAAGUCAUGAAUAUAAAAUAUCUUUUGCUGCUGCUGAAUCACCAAACACCGUAUUUUUUUAAAACAAAACAUUGUGAUCAAUGUGGUCAAUGGGUCAGUUUAACAGUUCAGCCAGUGAUGGUUGUUUGUCCUGGAUGAUGAUGACGGUCUAUGAUUGGACGCUGUUGAUGGACACUGACUGCCAGAUUCUCACAAAUGAUCAAAAUAGGUCAGAGAAUGAUGGCUAGCUUAAGCACAAUGCUGUUAGCUAGUUGGUAAUGUGUGUCACUUGUGUUGGUGCCUUUGUAAGAAUUAUAAAAUGCUGUUACAGUCUUUUUAAUUGUAUAGUAUUUAUUGAUCAUACAGUUGUCAGCUAUUGAUAACCGAUAGGUUAGUCUUUGAUUGGGUGCUUAGCAGGGGCAAAGCCGACCUGGUCCUGUCCUCUGUCGAAGAUGCUGUAGAACUCUGUCAGAAAUACAUCUCCCAGAAUCCAGAGAGGGCCUUCGGGGGAGACAAUGUCCACGGCCUGGAAACCACUGAAACACAACUCCUUGUCACCAAGCAUCUCCUGGAGAUCGAGAGAGAGACAUUUGAGUAUCAUACAGUGUA